CCCGCGCCGGGUGCCAUGGGCUGCAACAUGGUGCUGGAGUGGCUGCGGGGUCUGCAGCUCGGGCAGUACGGCGAGUCCUUCCUGGACAACGGCUACGACGACCUGGAGGUGUGCAAACAGAUCGGGGAGCCGGACCUGGACGCCAUCGGGGUGCGGGCUGCGGGGCACCGGCAGCGCCUGCGGGCGGCGGUGGGGCGGCUGCGGGCGGAGGGGGAGGGGGCGGGGGGGCCCGGGACGGUGCUGUACUUCACGCUGGAGCCCCCCGGCCCAGCCCCCGCCCACCGGGUGCUGGAGGAGUACGAGUCCCGGCUCAGGAGCCUGAGGUGGAGGCGACCCCCGGACGCCAGAGCCCCCCCCGAGCCCCGCACCCCGCACCCGCACCCGCACCCGCACCCGCACCCCAGCCCCCGCCUGGUGCUCUACCCCAAACUCAAGCUGAAGAUCAUGAUCAGGGACAAGCUGAUCCGGGACGGCAUCAACAUGAGCAAACCCCCCUACUCCAACAAGGACGGAUCACUGGGUAAUAUUGACGACCUGGCUCAGCAGUACGCAGACUACUACAACACCUGCUUCAGUGAUGUGUGUGACCGAAUGGAAGAGCUACGCAAGCGCAGGGUCUCUCAGGACUUCGAGCUGGUAAACGAUCUUGAAUCAGAAAAGCCUGACACCAGUCCAACGUCCUUACAGCUGCGAUCCCAGAUUGAAGAAUCACUUGGCCUGGGGAGUGCACUGUCAACGCCAGAGUCUGAGAGAAAAGAUUCCAUUUGCAAGUCAAGCUCAGAAGAGGGGUCAAUAGGAAACAGCGACUUGAAAAAGAAAAACAAGUCCUUUUGGCAGAGUUUCCGUAAACCACAGAAGGGAAAUGUAUCGCGACAGACUUCUAAAGGGGAAGAUAUUGGCUUUGUAGCCAGUGAAAUUACAAUGAGUGACGAGGACCGCAUUCAGCUAAUGAUGAUGGUGAAAGACAAGACAAUAACCAUAGAAGAGGCACUUGCUAAGCUGAAAGAAUACGAGUGUCACAACAAGCAUUCCAGCAGCGUGGACUCAGGAGACUGGGCAGGUGGAACCAACCUGCCUUUAGAUGAGUCCUCUAAUUGUAACUCGCGGGAACAGUCUGACGAUGAAAUCGAAGAGGUGGCGAAGUUUGGGAGGCUGCACAAGUUGGUUUCCUCAAAGCGCAGAGUGAAAAAGAAGUUAAUUAAAGUAGAGGAAGUCAAGAUUUUAUCUGCUGAAGAAGAUGCAUGUGAAGGAAUACACAAACUGAUGAGCUCUCCCUGUGACAAAAGAUCUGUGAAUUAUUUAGGAUCAGGAACCCUCAGAAAGCAGCUGUAUUUGGACGAGACGUUACAGAGACAGUGCCAGGGUGACCCCUCACCCUUUGAGACCAUCACCCCAUCGCCGUCUUCCAGCAGCCUUGACGCAUGGACCGAGAGGAAGCUGGUGAAGACCUUUCACAUGACAGGGAAUCAUACCCUUGUACGACCGCCAAAGAAAGCGGGGAAAGGGUCCUCUUGCUCUGAGCGCAGUGAGGAAAAACCACUAAAGGUGUCUCGCUCUAUGACUGAUAGUGAAAUGAAAAAGGCCCUCCAUUCACAGAACCACGCGAGAACAUGUAGCUUUGGAGGGUUUGAACUGCCCGGUCGGAUUCCUCACAACGGAAGUGCUGGUCCAGAUAAAACCUGUCUUUGUAAAGAAGGAGAUGGUGGUCACAGAGCAGAGGCAGUUAAAUCUCCCACUGGUUCACGAAAAUCACUGAGCAAAAAGGUCAAGUCAGUAAAGGAAACUAUGAGGCGGAGAAUGACAAAGAAAUACAACAGCACUACACCUGAGCAGGAUUCUCCUUCUGAUGGAGUGCUGGGCUCUCCUCAAGUUUCAAAUGAUGCCUCCAUUCAGCUAGACAAGCCCAAGCUGACUGGCGGCAGUUCAGUAGAAAGUCUGCGAAGUUCCUUGAGUGGCCAGAGUUCAAUGAGUGGUCAGACAGUCAGUACCACAGAUUCAUCAGCCAGUAACCGAGAAAGCGUCAAAUCUGAAGAUGGAGAGGAUGAAGAAUCUCCCUAUCGGGGGCCGCUUUGUGGCCGGGCUCGGGUUCACACUGAUUUCAUUCCCAGCCCCUAUGAUUCAGAUUCACUCAAACUCAAGAAAGGAGAUAUCAUAGAAAUAAUCAGUAAACCUCCCAUGGGCACGUGGAUGGGUCUCCUCAAUAACAAAGUUGGGACAUUCAAAUUUAUCUAUGUGGACAUUUUGAAUGAAGAAGAGGUGAAACCAAAGAGGCCCACAAGGAGAAGGCGAAAGGAGAAGCCUCCGAAAGCCCAAACUGUGCAGGAGCUCCUGGAACGUAUUAGCCUACAGGAGCACACACCAACUUUCCUGUUGAAUGGAUAUGAAGACUUAGACACUUUCAAGCUCCUGGAGGAGGAGGAUUUGGAUGAACUAAAUAUUCUGGAACCACGGCACAGGGCCAUACUGCUGACUGCAGUGGAGCUUCUGCAGGACUAUGACAGUAACAGUGAUGUGGAGCGAGCUGUUCAGGGCAGCUCUCAAGAGAUCCUCUUCGAACAGUGCUGUCGAGAUCUGCAUGGACACUCUCCACGGGAUUCAGGCUGCUAUGAGAGCAGUGAAAAUCUGGAAAAUGGCAAAGGUAGAAAAUCCUGGCCCCAAGGCUCAACUAAGUCAUCCUCAAAUCCCGGACCGCAAUUUAAACGCUCAUCGUCAAACUUUCCAGGACUCCAGCGAACUAAAUCUGCAGAAAACCUGCAGUUUGGAAGAGGUAAAGAGAAAAGGAUUGUUAAACCCUCAUUUCCACACAACUCCAGAAACUCUGAGCAUUUACACAGAACAGGAAAGUUUGGUCAUUUCAUAUAUGCAAUGACCCCGAAAGCAACAAGUCAUGAGAAGCAACAGAUCAGAGCGACUGUGAGUUGUGAGAACUUGGUGAUUCUCCAUCCUGUUGAGAAGCCUUGGCGAAGGUUUCAUUCUUUAGAUAAGAUUCAGAGUGAAACUGGCUCUAAAUCAAAGGCUCCUUCAGUCACUGAGACAUCUGUUGCUCUGCCUCCCCAAACUACAGGCAGUACAGGAUCAGAAAUCGAGAAAAACUCUAGCACCAGCCUUUACGCUCGGAGUACAAAGAAGUCCUGUGAACCCGAUGCAACUCCUCAUGUGACUCCAGAAAUUCACGGAGAAGAAAACAAUUGUGAACUAUCAGAUUGCAUGUCCAAAAUAGCCCUUCAAACUCCAGAAGACGAGAGCCGCCAAACUCCACACAAAGAGUGUGCCUUUCAGCUUGAAGCCACAGUAAUUCCACUUCAAAGUAAUGAACAAAGCAGUCAUUUUACAGAGGGAUUCAAAACCAGGCCAGCUGUGUGCGAUUUAAAAGGAAGCGAGCAGUUUGUGACUGAUAGCAGGACACAUUCCAGAAAGCCUUCGCAGCCGCCUCCAGUACCUGCCAAGAAAUGUAGAGAGCAUAUGGUAAAUGGAGUUUAUCGUCCACCCUUAAUUUUGAACAACAUCUUGACUGGUUCAGAUGGAUCUCCUCUACCAGUUAAAAACUCAAACGCUUCCAGCACCAGUGAGUGUGGGCUGGUUAUUAGUGUGCGUGCUCCUUCUACCAUUGCAGAGGGGCUCAAUGCUCCCUUGGCCACACAGGCACCCUGGUGUCAUGCAAUGCCAGAGACUGCCUGCAUACAGCAGCUUGGCGUUAAAUUGGGCCCUGUAUCAGCAAGAAAAGCUUCCUGGAUACGAGAGCCAGAUCAAGAGACAUUAAUAGAAAAGAAGUUAGAAUCCGAAGGGAUCGACCUCACAGACAAACCCUUUUCUGAUAAGCACGGUCGUUGUGGGAUUCCGAUUGCACUGAUCGAGAGAUACGCAGAAGAGCUGGGGCAUCCUGUCAACCAUAUGGCUGCAAAUAUGGACCAAAUACGAAUAAAACAGCUCCUAAAGCAACAUCGCAUGGGAAUUCCGAGUUCCCUGAAUGAGAUGAGCAGAAAAUCUUUAGUUCCUGGAAACGUGAAAUCACUCUCCAAGUAGCUGAUCUUCAUCGGACUCCUCGUGCACAUCACUUGCCUUCACAGCAGCUGGUUACAGCACACUGGAACAAUUACAAACCAAUCUUGGAACACGAUUAAAAUACAGUACAGUAUGACUACUAAUGUAGUGCUGAGGAGUUGGCUAAUUAAAAGAUAAGUGUGAAAGAUACCAGAGUACAAUAAUACUGGAGGGCUAAUAGGCACAAGAGGAAUUAUUUUGUUAUUCUAUAGUGGUGAGCUACAUGCAGUGACUAUUUUUUCUUUUUUCCCUGGGAGCUGCAGAAAGAGCAAUAAUAUAACAUGUAGACACUGGGUGAAUGCAGAGAGGAAUAUCUGAAAACAUUAGCUCUGAUUGGAGUGCAUUAAAUUGCCAUUCAGAAAGUCAGCCCAUUAUAUUAUCUGGCUUAUUUAUCUUACAAUUGGCAAGAAAUAAAAGCACUCAAAAAGAAACAUGAACAGAAAGUUGGGUAUUAUAUCACUACUCAUUAUUUUGGUUAUUAAAUGCCUCAGUUUGCUAUUGCUUUGCUUGCCUUAGCAAUAGAAUUUCAACUUCACCAAAGUAACCUGAAAAUGCAAAUCCAUUACAAGGUAAACUUAAAUAUAGUCUGUUAGUAUUUUAUAAUGGUACAAAGUCGUCAGUUUUUUUUUAUAUAUUAGCCUUGGACCUGUCUAUAUUUUUUACUGUAGCAAAAUGUUGACUAUUUUAUGCUGCCUUAACAGUAAAACCAUUAUUUCAUAAAGGUGGAAAUUAGAUUUGGAAGAAUCCAGAAAUACCGCUAUAAUAAUUUCCAGUGUAUUUUGCUCGUGGCAGUGGUAAAUUUUAGCUCAAAGACUAUUUUAAAUAUUCACUAAUGAAACAAAGCACCUGCUUUUGUCUACCUUUCAUGCAUUUACAAAUGACAGCAGUAUAUUGUCAAUAGGUUUCCAGUCCUCAGUUCUACAAAUUAAGCAUCACACUUACAUUGUAAUCUUCGUGUUUGCAUAAGCAACGUUCUUACAAUAAAAUAGUUUUAUCCGUAAUCUGGUUCCAUCCAAACCUAUUAUUUCUGUACUGUACAAACUGAUUAUUCUAGUAACAGCUUGGGAUAUUUUCUGGACAGAAUCCAAGUCACAUUUCUAUAAAUUGAUAUUGAGUUCAAAAUACUAAAGGGCAACACAAAAUUAUAGAAUAACUAACAAUGUUGCACUUUGUGUAUAUGAAAAUAUUUAAAUAACUUAUUUGCUUCAUUUCCUUAAAAAAUGUAAGUAACUGUAAUAUACGCAGCAAAACAUUCUUUUAAAAUGUAGUCAAAAAAUGCUGUAAUUUGUGUCAUGUGAGGUAUAUAUGUGUUCAAAAUUUUAAACCAUUUCAUUUAGCAAAUUGUCUAUAAAAAGUGUUUCUUCAAUAAAGUAACAA